AUCAGACGAGGGCUAGAGCAACCACCGAAACGAAUCAUCGCCUGGAUAGACCCCGUCCCAAUCACGUCGAGAAACUCUACUGCUACCAAUCCCACAUCACCUCUUCUAAGAACUGACUGACAAUCCCAUCAACACCACCUCCCAACGCCAAGAAACACCAAGAUUGGAACUCGAUGGGCCGUACGCGUUCAUCGUCCCGUCUGGGCAGGUCCCACCCCGCUUCGAUACGUUCAGCAGAUCACACUAGUCUGUGGGAGAAACGUCAAUGCAUCUCGUGUCCGGGCGAGACGCCUAGCUGUAACUGUGGACCUAACGAGAAUUGCGUGUUGACCAGUCGGACGUGCACGCAAUGUCCACAGAUCCAAUGUCUUCCCGCUGAAGACUCUACGGGCGGGUCAGGAGGAGGGUCAGGGGUGAACCCGGGGGUCAUCGCGGGUCCCGUGGUAGCCGUGGUCGUGCUCGGCGUGUUGAGCGCCGGGCUAUGGUGGCUGUGGAAAAGGAAGAAGGCAAGGGACAUGGCAGCCUUGGAGUCGUUCGAAAAGCGACAAUCGACCACGCGUUCUCAAAGACCGUCCCAUCGAUCAGCUUCACCCUUGCCCGACCUUGGACCACGGACUGGGACGGGUCUGCUCAACUCGGCCAGCGGAGAGUUUCCUAGCGAUGUCAGGCCUAGCAUGGACACGAUCGGCGCGAUGGGCGCGGCGAACGGUACCCAGAGGCGGGUGUACGAGGGAGAAGAGAGCAUCAACUUGACCCGAAACGGGUUGAUGGGACGGGAUGGGGAAGAUCCGUUUGACGAUAGGAGGAGCAUCGCUACGGACCAGUUGUCGUUCGGGUCGACCAACGUCAUCCCGAUCGCCUAUGUCCCUCCGAGCCAGGGACAAGCGGGCGAGGGGGACAAGAUGACCGCAGGAGAACGGCUGGACGCGGCGAGAAGAGCGCUCGGACCAGGCUUCAACGCCGUCGGACCUCCUAGUCGGCCGGCGAGGUCGCCCGAUCUCGAUUUGCGGCUGCGACCCCCUAUGCCGGGUCAUCAGCCGCCGACGAGUUUCGCCCACCCAGAACUCGUCGAGACGCUCGGACCUCAGGGAGGCAACAGGGACGUCAAUUCCUCCCGUGCGAGCAUGUUGACGACCCGGACGGGCGUGAGCGUGGCCCCUAGUUUCUUGUCUGGAUCUUCGGCCUUCGAAUCGGAAGCACCGCAGAUCGUCACUCGCCGACAAGUUCAGACGGGAGUCGUGCAACAAGCCGCCGUCGUCGACCUUUCUGGCAAUCCCGCGUCGCUGGGACAAAACUUGACGGCAGGGGAUGCGAGGUACGGGUGGAACUCGGGUGAAGCUGGGGAUCGGAGUCCCGGUGCAUUGUCCGCUCGUUCUGGGAUGAGCGGGUCGUCCGAUCCGUUCGACGACAAGCGAGCGGACCGGGCGAGUGGGAACACUUUCGGGCACGCGCUCGACUCGGUGGAUGGGCAUGAGCGCGAGAGGGGCGAUGACGACACGAGAGGAGAUCAUGGGACGUACGGGUUGGGACUGGGUAACGCCACGGAUGACCUUCGGUUCUCCAUGGGCAGUCUGGCGAUGGGAGGCGGGAACCCGAGCAGGGAUUCGAUGAACAGUAGCAUGACGGGUUGGUCCGUCGGUCAGGUCCAGGUCGGUCAGGCGCAGAGGAUCAAUUUGGCCACGACGCCUCAGAAAUCGCAACAGCAGCACCAGUAUCAACUCCAGCAACCGCUAUACCAGCGAGAGAGCGUCAUGUCGGGUCGAUCCGAGGCGAGUUCGUUCUUGAACGCCAUCAUCCCUCCUACCGGGCCCAUGUCGACACCGUACGAAAAGAUGCCGACGGGCAUGUCCAACAUGACGCUCGGGAACGAACAGCCGAGCCCUUCCAAGAGGGACACGAGCGCGACGAGGCAGACGAUGAUGUCCACCAACAGCGAGGGAUUGGGCGGGUUCGAUUUCCAAUUCGAUAACGGUGGACAGGGGGAAGGAGGGAUGGUGCCCGGACCGCCUCGACGUCGGCCUGCCUAAGUCGGCUCGCUUCCGUGGAUAGUAUAUAGAGAUGGCGUGCAGUCGUGU